AUGAAGGUAAUUUCAUACUAUUAUAUUGUACUACUACUAGUACUAGUAGCAUUGGGAAUUAUUAAUAUCACAUAUAUCAUAAAUAAACAUCUACAUCCUUGGACUGCCACUUGUGGAAUAUUUGCCGAUAUCAUGGCAGGGGUAGUGAUUGCAGUUGUUUCAUAUAUUAUCAAAUUCAUUUAUCGACUUAUUACAAGUAACAAGUUAAACAUCGGUGGUAAUUGUUCAACCUUUGAUUCAUUCAUAUAUCCCAUUAUAGAGGAAUCAAUAAAAUUGAGUAUAAUCUAUUAUGAGUAUUACAAAUUUAACAUUGAUAUUUUUGAUAUGGUGUUUGUAUGGUUAGGUUACACCAUUAUUUUAAACAACAUAAUUCAUUACAAUCCAUUUGAUUAUGAACAUUUUUAUAGAAAAUUCUUGAAUUAUUAUCAUGUUUGGGGAGAUUCAUGUCAUUAUAAGAGUUCUGUUGAUAAUGUUGAACAAAUUGAAAAUUUAUUUGAGAAUUUCAAGAAUUUCAAAGAAGAAACCACCAAUGGUAUAAAAUCAAGAAACUCUUUAGCAAGUCAUGAUUCUAGUCAUACAUUAGUUCCAUAUGGCCAAACAUCGUUGAACAAGAAAUUCUCAUUUCAAGAUCUACCCACAGAGUUUAACCUACAAAGUAAUAAGUUUGCUAGUCCUGGUCCAUCGUCCCCAAUUUCUACACCAAUGAAAAAAUCAUGCAGUUCCAUGUCAACUUUGAAUUGUGUUAAGAAUUAUAAAUCUUGUCAGGAUUUUGUUGAUAAGCUCUAUUCUGUAUCUCCUCAAAACACUUAUUAUUUGAACAAUGCUACUGCAAUUGCUGCUUUCAGUGAAGUCGAAGAACAAGAAGAUCACAAAACUGUAGCACCACCUUUAAGUCCAACAAAAUCAAUAUUGCCAGAACUUGAAAGAGUGUUUGAGAAUAUAGAAGAAUCCGAAGAUGAUAGUUCCAUACAUUCAAAUGAAACACAUUAUGGUGGUGGAGGUGGUGGGAAUUUUAAAUUCAAAAUUCCUAAUGGUGGCAAACUAGAAUUCGGUGGUGGAGCCGGUUUUGACUAUAAGCACGGCAAACAUGCAAACGAUAAUGAUAAUAAUGAUGAUGAUAAUAAUGAUAAUAAUAAUAAUAACCGUAAUGACAAUCAUAACCAUGACCAUGUCCAGCAGAUAGUAGCAACCUCAAGUGGGAAAUUUACAGUAUUGUCUUUUAUAAACUGGUUUUCUUGGUUACUUCCUCCAUUAUUACCAAUUGGAGAAAACAAGAAUGAUAUACCAUUUAUAAGUUCACGAGAAAGAUUCCCACUUUUGAAACAUAGAUUAUCUACAUAUUCAUUGACUGAUAACCAACCAACACCAGAAACAACAGACAUCAUUGAUUAUGAAAGUUGUGAGAAUGUUUCACGACCAAUUAUUGAACGUUUUAUCAAAUUCCAAUAUUUCAUGGCUUAUUAUUAUGAUAUUUCCGUGACUUCACCUAUUUCACCAGUUAAAAUUGAUCCAUUUUUCAAAAGAUAUGGACAAUUGUUAAUUGAUACUCCAAGUGUUUGGAUUUUCAUUGAUGAAUUGAAUUGGAUGUUGUUUAAUUGGAUUGGGUUCAUGAUGUAUUUCACUAAUAUUACUCCUAGUAUUCCAAUUUUGUUUGUUGCAAAAAUGUUCAAAGAUAACUAUUUGCAUGGUUUUAAGAAUAAAAUUGAUUAUAGAUUCAUUAUUGUAAUUGAAUCAUUUAUAAAUUUGGUUUUAUUAUUGAUUGAGAUUGUUUUAUUUUAUAGAACUUUUAUAUAA